ACGCGAUUUCGGACGCAGCUAUGGUCAGAGCCCUCUGGCGCACUGUAAUUACGUCAGCGUCCAGAAUGAUCUCAUCUGUUUUGUUUUCAUUCCCUCAUUCACGAAUGACAUUAUGUGCCAUUCCUACUAACGAGUGACUGAUUACGGAGUCGGACGCAGCUACUGUUCAGCAGAAUACAGCUUCCGAAUUACACUGGGAACCCCGACAACAGGAGAUGACAGAAGAUGUGCAUUGAAAAGAGACAAGAAUGCAACUGAUAAGUCUGAAAUAAGUGUGCCAAAGAGGAGGAUGAGGCUUUGGGCGUGGCUGGAUACAUGCAGAUCUUCCUGGUUGACCUCUGUUGCUUCACAGAGCUGGACUUUUUUUUUUUUUUGCCUGUCGAUGUGCUAAUAAUGCGUCGUCAUUGGUUGCUGGUUGGUGCUUGUGGCUGGGUGCUACUCAUCCUUAUGUUCGUCACCAAGUUCAUCAACUUCAGCUUCAGAAUACCAGACUUUGUAGGAAGGACAGACAUGUUUGUUUGGGCCAUGCCAUCUUUUACAACGAAACAUCCUUCUGUCCAGUGGCCAGACAAGGGAGCAUCACAGCCAUUUAUAUUGUCCUCAGUUAGUCCCUCUGUGGUGGAGCCCAUAGACUGGCAGUCAGUGAAUGAGAAGCGUUUGGAGCUGUUAACAACUGUUUGCAGAAAUUCAUCUCUUUGGAACCUCACCCACACAACUGUGCGCAAGUUUGUCUUGGACCGCAUUUUUGUGUGUGACAAGCACAAGAUUCUCUUCUGUCAGACACCCAAAGUUGGAAACACACAGUGGAAGAAGGUUCUAAUUGUCCUGAAUGGAAAGUUCUCGAAGGUUGAAGCUAUUCCAGAGAACAUGGUUCAUGAUCAUGAAAGAAAUGGCUUACCUCGCCUAUCCUCUAUGACUGACACAGAAAUCCAUCAAAGAUUGAAUACCUAUUUCAAGUUUUUUAUUGUCCGAGACCCAUUUGAGCGCCUCAUAUCUGCGUUCAAGGACAAGUUUGUGAAGAACCCAAGAUUUGAACCCUGGUACAAACAUGACAUUGCCCCAGCCAUCAUUCGCAAAUAUCGCAAAAGUCAUGAUGAUGAUGGUGAAACUGUGGGUCUUCAGUUUGAAGACUUUGUUCGGUACUUAGGUGACAAGCCAGGAAGACAACACUUGGACAGGCAGUUUGGUGACCACAUUAUUCACUGGCUGACAUAUGCUGAGCUGUGUGCUCCUUGUGAUAUUUCCUACAAUGUCGUGGGACACCAUGAGACUCUGGAAUUUGAUGCUCCUUAUAUUUUAAAAGCUGCUGGUAUUGCUGACCUGGUGUCAUACCCCAAUAUCCCACCAGGGAUAACUCACUACAAUCACACCAAGGUGGAACGCUAUUUUACUGGAAUCAGCCAACGAGAUGUUCGUCGCCUCUAUGCUUACUACCAGGGAGAUUUCAGCCUGUUUGAUUACCAGAGACCUGCCUUCUUAUUGGACUGAUGUAGAGAUGUCCUGCUAUUUUUAGCCUAUUUUUUAUGGAUCUCUUGGACCUUUUAGCUUACUGAUAAAAAUGUGGUUG